AUGACUACUAGGUUGCUUGAGAACCCAGUUGAAAAAGAAGCUGAAAAAGCAGUCAAACGAGACGAGUUUCUAAAAGAGUCCAAAGAAAACUCCACCAAGUCGCGGUAUGGUCUUUUUUCCUUCACAGGGACACUUGCGAUAUCUGAUGAUGCAGGAUAUUACAAAACUGCUUCAAAAAAACUACCAGAUGGAACUGUCAAAACCGGCCCAAAAAACUUCUCGACAAGCCCAACAAGGACAGGGAAAGGGCCUGACGUUUAUUUUUCGAAGCCUGAGUUCCUUAAUGGAGAUCUCUAUAGAGAUCCUAUAAAGCCACAGCUAAAUGAAAAAGAAAGAGCAGAAAAAAUGAAAAAAAGCCAUGACGUGCCCUUCCGACCAGCUGGGCCAGUAGAGGAGCCUAAAGGAUACGAAAACAUGCCAACUCAAACUUUCCACUAUAGACAAAGAGAGCCUGAUGGGUCAGUUAAGCUGGAGCCGAGAAACUUUUUUACGUCACCUCCUAAGGCAGGGGCAGCUAACUGUACACCUGGUGUUACUUUUGACAAAAAGAUUGACUAUAUUCCUGACCCUUAUGAUAGGGUCAAAGAACUAAAUAGACAAAAAGCCGCUGCUGAUAAGGCUAAACUCCAAGAUAGGCCAUUUAAGCCAAGUUCUCCAUCUGGCUAUACUUUUAGCGACUUUAAAACUGCUUUGGAAGACUCAAAAAUUCCUUUAAAAAUAAAAUCCCCAAAAUACAAAAUGAAUGUCCUUAAACAUGAUCGACCUUUCUUCCCAGCCAGCCCAACCAAGAAAAACAUUUUAGAGGCCUGCUUUGAUAAGUACCCGGAGCAUAUGUCAAACCCUCUAACCUACCCUCAGCGAAAAUCUCCAAGCUCCCAAGCCCCUUGGAAGCCUACAGUUAAUUUCAUUACUAAGCCAUCUCCUUCAGUAGCCCAAAAUCUUGCCAAUAUCAGAGCUGAGUUCCCAGGAGUAAAGAUAUAUCCUUAUUUUUCUGAAUUACAACUAAAUUUACCUUAUUUUUAUAUAGUAAUUUUGUAGUAAAUAGGAAUAA